AUGGAUAAUGCUGAGGCAACAAAGAAGCUCAUCGGUGAUCCAGCCGCAAAAUACACGACGGUAACUGAUCUGACGGACGCUGGCUGGAUACAGUAUACAGGGACCGUCACCGAAAUUGCAGCUAUUGAGACAAAGCUGCGUGGCUACUUGGACCUCACUUUACUGGAUGGGUUGGGCGUGAAUUUGGUAAAUAAUGUGCUUGUCGACUGGAGGUGGAUAGUUGGUGCGGAUGGGGUUCUCACAGCGGAUCUUAGGCUAAUGGACAUUCCUUUCAUUCAGGAGUUUGAAGCACUCAGCCCCAACGCUCCUACAGGCGUGGCUAUGAGUCAAAAUUGGUAUAAUGUCGAAGGUGGUCUUAUUAUUGUGAACUCUGCAUGGAGCCCGAAGUAUAUGUACGGUCAAUCCUCAGGUCAGUCAUGGUGGCCAUCGACAGUAACGGAGAAGACUGUUGAAGAGCUCACUGUUAGCAAGUCCUCGGAUGUGAUGUAUAUUGAAUGGGCGAGCCAAGCAGAGGACGUCACGACUCUGCAAUAUGUCAUUCAGUUGGAUGUUGUGAAUCUUGGAAGUAGGAGUGUUAUGAACACGGUAAUGCAGGAUAAUGAUUGGUCGACACCUACGUUCUUCUAUCAGGGGUCCACAGAAUUUGACGCACUGCUUGGGACUCCAAAUGGAAAUCCGCAAGCGUGGAUUCUCAUCAAUCACAAGGCGGAAUUAGGUGUGAAAACUGUCUACAGUAUUAUGAUAUGGACAAGCAGCACUGUCAUGGAGGGUGCGCCAAAUGUGUAUCUUGACACGGACGAGGGUGGAAACGCAGCGAGUUUGAGGAAUAUGUGUUAUGUCUACUAUGAUGAACAGGAGGAAGAGGAGUACUCGGAUUCGGAAAUAGAAGACUCAGAUUCAGAAGAUGAGCAACCGUUAGGCUUCUGGGGGCUGUGCCAGCAUAUGCUUUUCACCUUUGAGGAUGUGUCAACCAGCGAAGAGGACGCUAUGGACCUUGUUUAA